UGGUCCUUACCAGCGGUCAUGGAAAGGGAUCAUUUCAAUUUCAGGUGUGUCCCAGUACGGAAUCGCAGGAAACGUUUGGAAACUGAGGCAUUGUGUCCUUCGUCCUUAACAUCUCGCACAUGCACAAAGUCAGGUAGGAGGUGGGGUUCCCCGCUGGCUCUGGUGGGUUCCUUUCAUUAUCAUGUUUGUUGACUUGACCCGCACAGGCUCGAAACGCAGUGGAUGCGGAAUUUUUCAAGGUGUGUCGGGCAACCAGAGGGAACUUUGGCACUGGAACUAAUUCUAGAUUUCAAGCAGCCCUAGAGGAAUAUGAUAAUGCAUGUCGUAAGGCCCUGAGAUUAAAUUUGCAUGACUGGGAUGCAAAUGCAGAUUCUAUUUGGAAUUUCUGUGAAGAUGGUGACAUUAAGAGCAUUAGAGCCGAAGUUGGGACCCUAAGAGGUGGGUGUACGGCAGAAAAAGUUACGCUGAAAGAGCUACAAAGUGAGGUGAUUGGGUGGCACCGCGCUUCGGUCGUAGACGACAGUUGGCUUCCUAGACUCAAGUAUCAAUCGCACACAGUACUUUCCGACAAGAAAAUGGGAAAGCUUUUUGAUGUGAAUAGCACGGCAAUAAAGGCCCGCAAGGUUGUAGGUGCCUUAAUUGCAACCACUGCUGCUCAACGUGAGCUCUACAGAGCCUAUGACCAGGCCCACUUUGGAGGUCGAGGUAAGUUUGGCUAAGGGUGGACCUACCAGGCUGAUCGCCCCCCUCCCUCCUACCUCAGUGUCACGGCCACGGUUCAUGCGUAAAAUCUACCUUUUCGUUUUCACGUGAGCCCUAUAUGAUUGGUAGAAGUAUUAGC